AUGAACAGAAAGGAGCCUGAGGUGACCAGGAAGGAGAGUGGAAGGCGCAGCGUGCAGAGUGGGGAGCAGGAGCAGUCCCGUGGUGCCCAGGAGCAGGGUUCCCUGUGGGGCAGGGUGGCCACACUGGCGGGGCGCCCCCGCGUGGGCCGCUCGCCCAAGAUGGGAAACAGCGGGUGGGAGGGUGCUGAAAACAGCUCGGACCCUAGCUCGCCCGGCAAGACACGCCCCUUUCCCUCCGAGACGGUGACCCGGCUGGAAGCCAGUGGCCGCUCGGUGCGUUGGGCUGGGCCGCAGAACCUGGGGGGCCCGGAGUUGUCAGCCAGUGAUCAGAAGUCCACACACCCACAGCCCUGGUGCCUCUUUCUCCUCACAGGAGAGCUGCUGUUGCCCCAGGAGACAACUGUCAAGCUGAGCUGUGAUGUGGGGCCACUGCAAGUGGUCCUGGGGCCCAAGCAGGCUGCAGUGCUGGACUGUAGUUUAGGGACUGCUGCUGCCGGACCACCGACCAGGGUGACAUGGAGUAAGGAUGGGGACUCUGUGCUGGAGCAUGACCACCUACAACUUCUACCCAAUGGCUCCCUGUUGCUGUCCUCACCUCUAGAACCAGAAGACAGUGCUGAUGAGGAAGCUUUUAGGAGAUGGAAGGUCAUUGAGGGCAGCUAUUCCUGUCUGGCCCAUGGCCCACUGGGAGUAGUGGCCAGCCAGGUUGCUGUGGUCAAGCUUGCCACACUUGCAGACUUCUCUCUGCAUCCGGAGUCCCAGACAGUGGAGGAGAAUGGGACAGCACGCUUUGAAUGCCACACUGAGGGGCUACCAGCCCCCAUCAUUACUUGGGAAAAGGACCAGGUGACAGUGCCUGAGGAGCCUCGGCUCAUCACUCUUCCCAAUGGCGUCCUCCAGAUCCUGGAUGUCCAGGACAGUGACACAGGAUCCUACCGCUGUGUGGCCACCAAUUCAGCCCACCAACGCUUCAGCCACGAGGCUUCACUCAGAGUGGCCCUCAGAGGGUCUUUGGAGGCUACCAGGGGCCAGGAUGUGGUCAUUGUGGCGGCCCCAGAGAACACUACUGUAGUGUCUGGACAGAGCGUAGUGAUGGAGUGUGUGGCCUCUGCUGACCCCACGCCUUUUGUGUCCUGGGUCCGACAGGAUGGGAAGCCUAUCUCCACAGAUGUCAUCGUUCUGGGUCGGACCAAUCUACUCAUCGCCAGUGCACAGCCCAGGCACUCUGGUGUUUAUGUCUGCAGGGCCAACAAGCCCCGCACCCGAGACUUCGCCACGGCUGCUGCUGAGCUCCGAGUGCUGGGGGCUCCUGCUAUCUCUCAAGCUCCAGAGGCGUUGUCGCGGACUCGGGCCAGCACUGCUGGUUUCGUGUGCCGCGCGUCGGGGGAGCCACGGCCCGCGCUACGCUGGCUGCAUGACGGGGCGCCACUGCGACCCAACGGGCGCGUCAAGGUCCAGGGCGGUGGCGGCAGCUUGGUCAUCACGCAGAUAGGCCUGCAGGACGCCGGCUACUACCAGUGCGUAGCAGAAAACAGCGCGGGAACCGCGUGUGCCGCUGCGCCCCUGGCGGUGGUGGUGCGCGAGGGACUGCCCAGCGCCCCCACUCGGGUCACGGCCACGCCGCUGAGCAGCUCCGCUGUGCUGGUGGCCUGGGAGAGGCCUGAGCUGCACAGCGAGCAAAUCAUUGGAUUCUCCCUUCACUACCAAAAGGCAAGGGGAGUGGACAACGUGGAGUACCAGUUUGCAGUGAACAAUGACACCACAGAGCUGCAGGUUCGGGACCUAGAACCCAACACGGAUUAUGAAUUCUACGUGGUGGCCUACUCUCAGCUAGGGGCCAGCCGAACCUCCAGCCCAGCCCUGGUGCAUACUCUGGAUGACGUCCCUAGCGCAGCACCGCAGCUCGCCCUGUCCAGCCCCAACCCCUCAGACAUCAGGGUGGCAUGGCUGCCCCUGCCUUCUGGCCUGAGCAACGGACAGGUGGUGAAAUACAAGAUAGAGUAUGGUUUGGGAAAGGAAGAAGAUCAGGUUUUCUCCACUGAGGUGCCCGGAAAUGAGACACAACUUACGUUAAACUCACUUCAGCCAAACAAGGUGUACCGAGUCCGGAUUUCAGCUGGCACUGGGGCCGGCUACGGCGUUCCUUCCCAGUGGAUGCAGCACCGGACUGGACAGUGGGAACGAGUGUUCUUCCCUUUUGCCCCUGCAGAAUUGAAGGUGAGGGCAAAGAUGGAAUCCCUGGUGGUGUCAUGGCAGCCGCCCCCUCACCCCACCCAGAUUUCUGGAUACAAACUCUACUGGCGUGAGGUGGGGGCAGAGGAAGAGGCAGACGGUGACCGCCCCCCAGGGGGCCGUGGAGACCAGGCUUGGGAUGUGGGGCCUGUGCGGCUCAAGAAGAAAGUGAAGCAGUAUGAACUGACCCAGCUAGUCCCUGGCAGGCUGUACGAAGUGAAGCUCGUAGCUUUCAACAAACACGAGGAUGGCUAUGCAGCUGUGUGGAAAGGCAAGACCGAGAAGGCACCCACGCCAGACCUGCCUAUCCAGAGGGGGCCACCCUUGCCUCCUGCCCAUGUCCACGCAGAAUCAAACAGCUCCACUUCCAUAUGGCUCCGGUGGAAGAAGCCAGACUUCACCACCGUCAAGAUUGUCAACUACACUGUGCGCUUUGGUCCCUGGGGGCUCAGGAAUGCCUCCCUGGUCACCUACUAUACCAGCUCCGGAGAAGACAUCCUCAUUGGUGGACUGAAGCCAUUCACCAAGUAUGAGUUUGCAGUACAGUCCCAUGGUGUGGAUAUGGAUGGGCCUUUUGGUUCCGUAGUAGAGCGCUCCACCCUGCCUGACCGGCCUUCGACACCCCCGUCUGACCUGCGCCUGAGCCCUCUGACCCCAUCCACUGUUCGGCUACACUGGUGCCCCCCCACAGAGCCCAACGGCGAGAUUGUGGAGUAUCUAAUUCUCUACAGCAACAACCACACCCAGCCUGAGCACCAGUGGACACUGCUCACCACAGAGGGAAACAUCUUCAGUGCAGAGGUUCAUGGCCUGGAGAGUGACACUCGGUACUUCUUCAAGAUGGGGGCCCGCACAGAGGUGGGGCCGGGGCCUUUCUCCCGCUUGCAGGAUGUGAUCACUCUCCAGGAGACAUUCUCAGACUCCUUGGAUGUGCACUCUGUCACCGGCAUCAUUGUGGGCGUCUGCCUGGGCCUUCUCUGCCUCCUGGCCUGCAUGUGUGCUGGCCUACGACGGAGCUCCCACAGGGAAGCCCUCCCGGGUCUGUCCUCCACAGCCACCUCCUCCGGGAACCCAGCCCUGUACUCCAGAGCUCGACUUGGGCCCCCCAGUCUCCCUGCUGCCCAUGAGUUGGAGUCCCUCGUACAUCCCCGCCCCCAAGACUGGUCCCCACCACCCUCCGAUAUGGAAGACAAGGCUGAAGUGCACAGCCUUAUGGGUGGCAGUGUUUCAGAUUGCCGGGGCCACUCCAAGAGAAAGAUCUCCUGGGCACAACCAAGUGGGCUGAGCUGGACAGGAUCCUGGGCAGGCUGUGAGCUGCCCCAGGGUGGUGGUCCUAGGCCUGCUCUGACCCGUGCCUUGCUGCCUCCAGCCGGAACUGGGCAGACACUGUUGCUCCAGGCUCUGGUGUAUGAUGCCAUAAAGAGCAACGGGAGAAAGAAGCCGCCCCCAGCCUGCAGGAAUCAGGUGGAGGCCGAGGUCAUUGUCCACUCUGACUUCGGUGCAUCCAAAGGAAGUCCUGACUUCCACCUCCAAGACCUGGAGCCUGAGGAACCCCUGCCUACUGAAGCUCUGCCUUCCACCUCAGGGGCUGUGGAUCUGUCUCAAGGAGCAGACUGGCUGGGCAGGGAGCUGGAAGGGUGCGAAGAGGCAACCACUGGGCCAGAGAGGCUCACCUGCUUACCAGAGGCAGCCAGUGCCUCCUGCUCCUGCCCAGACCUCCAGCCCAGCACUAUUCUAGAGGAGGCCCCUGGGGAAAGCUACCAGCCCAAAGCUCUGUACCCUUUAGCAGUCAGCCCAAGCCUCCCCAGAGCCCCUGUCUCCUCUGCUCAGCUUCCCUGAGCAAAAGGCUGAUAUGGCUCAGGGACCUGAUAUGCACGGCCACACACAUGUGUACUAGAGAUGUCAACAAGCCUUUGGAGCCUCUUAGGAUCCUUUGGCUGGGAUGAGGGAGACCUUUACUCUCUCCCCCAUAUUCUGCAUCACAUACGUGAUACUGGAGGGACUUGAGACACAGCUCCAUGUGAUGGACGUAUGUGAAGUCACGUGUGUGAGCUGGUUGAGCUGGGAAACCUCAUGGUAUGUAGCAGUCACAGUGACCUGAUGGAUCCUCCAUGGCAGGAUGGUGUAACAGUGAUCAGUGCCAGCUCUUUGAGCCAUAGCUUUGUCACCUAGCCUUUUAUUACACUCUGAGAGUGUCUCCAAUGCUGUGUCUACGAAGACAGCCCCAGCCCCUCUGCUGUCAGCUGGGCUGAGCCGGGUGCCAGUCAACUCUGCAGGCCUACGAUGCAGCCUGCAGUUGCACAGCCGUCAUCCCCCUGGCCUCCUAAGGCCCAGAAGGCUGGGUGAGCCCAGCUCAGCUCCCCUGUCCUUUGAGCAACUCUGCACCUAAUUUUGUAAUAUGGGAAGUGCCUGGCUUGGGGAAUCUUCUUCUCUCCCUGUCCCCUCUUUUGUGCUCCUUCUUUGUUCUAGUGGUCUGUGUUGUGUUGCCUUGCUCCCUUAUCCUGGGGCCCUUCUCUUUCCUGUGAUGCCUCCCAUUGCCUCACCUUUCUCUGUGUCUCCCAUGCUUGUCAUUGUGUCAUGUGUUUCUUGUCCCUGGGUUCGACCUAUGCACCCUUCCCUAACAACAUGACUACCUCAUGUCUGCUUCAGACCAUAGUAUGACCCAUGGGUUCCCCACGACCCCCCUGCAAGCCCCCUCUCUGGGCAAAUGACCCACUCCAGGUAGAUUUGGGAAAGAUCUUUUGGCUUCCUGGCCUCCUUCCCCUUGAGACUGAGAUGGGUACGUUUUCUGCGGAAGUGAUGAACCCAGGCUGCACCAGGGAAGCCAUGAGAAGGGGUAGGGACUGAAACCAGAGGCUGAAUAAAACGACUGCCACCCAUCUGCUCAAAAAAAAAAAAAAAUGGGUUCAUGCUUUUGCCUUGCAGUCUCCAGUCCCGGCAGAAGCUGAAGGGGGAGGGGGAGCUGCAGUGGCUUCAGUUCCCUGACCUGACUGGACUCAGAGUGGGAAAGGAGUCUCCUCCAAGAUGCUAGAAGGGAAGUCUGUGCACAGGAAAAGGGUGGCUGGCUCAUUUUGUUUUAUUUUUCUUUACAUUGAAUCCUGAGAUCAUCUUAUCACACAGGGACAAGCCUGACUUGUACUUCCUGUAUCAUGAAAGCCAUGCUAUCUAUUUGAUGUCUCAUCUUAGUCAUCUUCCAGGAGUAUGGAAUGUGGGGUGUUUGCUCUCUGACUGCACGUCUUUUUAUUUUAACUGGCUGGCCUAUCAAGCGUUAACUCUGGCUUCUGGGCCAAAUUAGAAAUAACCAGUGUAUCUUUCUUUCUUUCUUUCUUUUUUUUUUAAUGUCUUUCAGCAGAGUUGCAGCUUCCUCAGCCCCUGAAAGCAUCUGUGUUUAUUACCCUCGUGUGUCACUCACGUUUGACACCUCACCUACAUUUCCUCCUCCUCCCCUCUUCGCCAGCCUAUGAUAACACUAAAGAUUAUUAAUGUUGGUUUCGUGUCUCGUUAAAGACAGGAUUGUCACUUGAACUACUUCUAUAGCAUUCAGAGUGGAGUGGCCACGGCCAACACCACUGUGUGUUUCUUCAUUGCUUUGAAGGUCAAAAGCCUCAUUUUAUUUUGCUGGUUAGAUUUUUUUCCUUGCCUUGAAUGAAAUAACCGUUUUAGCAGUAGGCUCUUAGCAUUACACCACAUAGUCAUUUCUCAUGUUCUUGUUUAACAGGCACUGAGGUUCUGGUUUAAAUUAAAUAGCUGCAAAUGAGACAAUUUAUAACCCAUUAGGUUGGGUGGAAGAUUGUUUCUCAAAAGCAAAUAAGUAAUAAAUCUGGUAUCUGCCUAUAACUCACAGUUGAUAAGAAAGUAGCCGUUACUCAUGAGCAUUAUAUAUGAUUUGGGUUCUGAGUAACUGGGGAGUGUUCAAUUUGUGUCUUUGUAGCAGCAGGUUUUAUUAGAAAAGAGUCUAUUGGCCUUUUACAGGGUAUUAAUUCCUUUGUCGCUUGCCAUGGAUGCCUUAAAUUCUUUUGAGUCUCAUUUAAAAAUCUUGCUUUUCUUGAAGCAUGACAAGUGUACUCAAUACUUACAUGCUCACUUAUUUACCCAUCCUUAGUUUAUGCUGUAUUAUUUAAUUGCAUUUUCCAGCAUCAUGUUUCCCCCUUACAAAUAUGAUAUUCUUUAGUGUUACACUAAGGCAUUGAUCAUGUAUCUGUCCCUAUAAUGAAUUAAUAAACUAUUUUCCAUAUA